CACAGUUGCCGUUCCACCAGCAGAAAGUGCAGUACUCACUGUCCGCGUAAUUAACCCAUUGAAUAAUGUCGGCAAUCGGAAAGAUCGGAUUCCUGGGGGGCGGAAACAUGGCCAAGGCUUUGGCUAAAGGCUUCCUAGCCGCAGGCCUGGCCAAACCCAAUACCCUGAUAGCCAGCGUGCAUCCGGCAGAUAAGCUCUCCCUGCAGUCCUUUCAAUCCCUGGGAGUGGAAACAGUGGUCAAUAAUGCACCUGUUGUGCAGCAAUCGGAUGUGGUCUUCGUGUCCGUGAAACCCCAAGUGGUUCCCUCGGUUUUAUCGGAGAUUCAGCCACUGAGCUCGGGCAAACUAUUCCUUUCCGUGGCUAUGGGCAUCACUUUGUCCUCCAUCGAGUCCAGUUUAUCUCCACAAGCUCGUGUCAUCCGUGUGAUGCCCAAUCUGCCAGCUGUCGUGUGUUCCGGCUGUUCGGUUUUCGUUCGCGGAUCCAAGGCCACCGAUGCAGAUGCGGAGAUUACCCAGAAGCUGUUGCAAUCCGUGGGCACUUGUGAGCCGGUGGAUGAGUCCCAGUUGGAUGUGGUUACUGCUCUGAGCGGAAGUGGACCGGCCUAUGUGUUCGUGAUGAUUGAGGCCUUGGCGGAUGGAGCCGUUCACAUGGGCAUGCCCAGGGAUCUGGCCUAUCGUCUGGCAUCGCAAACAGUCCUGGGCGCUGGUCAUAUGGUGCGAGAUAGUGGUAUGCAUCCCGGACAACUCAAGGAUGGGGUCACAAGUCCGGCGGGAUCGACAGCAGCGGCGCUUAGACAACUCGAGCUGUCAGGUUUUCGGGCAGCGGUGUCUGGAGCGGUGGAACAGGCGACGCUGAGAUGCCAGCAAAUCUCGGGAAAGACGACGUAGGCACAUAGGAUUAUCAUAUACAGAUACGUAGAUUGGGGUGGGUCAAUUUUGUUAAUAAACUUAUAGUAGUUAAAGGAA